GGGAAGUGAAUUGCAAUUUUGAAAGACGUAAAUAAUCGAAUUAGAAAAAAAAACUAAGUGCUGUCGUGUUUUUAAAAUUAAGUUUUGAUUUGAAUGGCGGUUCAUGGCUCCUGAUAGCAAUACAGUUGAUAUCAGCAAAAGUCUGAAAGAAUAUUUAAAAAGAAAUGAGAAUGGAUCAAGCGAAGAGAAAAGUAAUUUGCUUUUAUCUUGGAGUUUUGAUUCAUGGUUCAGUAAAUCAACAACUAGUCUAAAUGAUGAAGAAGAAAAUACCUGGUUUAGCAGGGCUGAAAAAGAUAGUUACUGUUCAUCAUUAAGUAAGAAGCAGAGAAUAAUUGGUUUCAUGGGAUGCAUCCUAAUGGGUUUCUUCUGCUUUACUCUGGCGGGUCUAUAUACACCUGUUUUAUUUCUAAAAGCAAGAAAGUUUUGCCUUCUGUAUUCAAUGGGAAGUCUUUUUAUUAUUGGAAGUUUUUCGAUACUUUGGGGUCCAUGUAAUCAUAUCAAACAUUUAUUUUCAUAUGAAAGAUUGCCAUUCACUGCAAUAUAUUUUGGAACUAUGUUUUUAACCUUAUAUUCAGCUUUAUGGAUGAAAAGUACCAUUCUCACUUCUAUUUUUGCCAUUGCUCAAGUUAUCGCAUUACUCUGGUAUGUGAUCAGUUAUAUUCCAGGAGGUCAAACUGGCUUGAAAUUUUUUACUAGAAUAUGCACUUCUGCAGUCACAAGAACAUCAAGUAGAAUAUUGCCUGUGUAAAAUAAUAAUGGCUUCCAUUAUUAACUUGUUAGCUAUUCCAAAGAUUUUUUUUUUCUUUUGUAACUAUCCUGUAGAUAUAUAAGCUUCUCAAAGUCAGAAAAUUUGUUUUUUUGUUAUAUUAUAAAUAUUUAAUUUUUAUAAUGUAACAAAUAACUAUUUAAUAAAUAUUUAGGCUAAAAUUUAUGAUAAUUUGUAAUCGAUUUUUAAUUUUUUUUGUUCUAACUGGGAAUUAAUUAAUGAAAAAUAUUUUUUUAUACAUCUCUUGAAUUAUAAAAUGCUAUUCUAUCUUAACCUCAACAUGCCUUUGAUUAUAGCUAUUUGGCUACAGUAUUUUUAAAUAAAAGAUGAUGUGCAAUUUUUAUAGCAAUGCUACAUUAUUUUUGUAUUUUUAUAGUUGGCAUUGAAUUUUGAAUUUUUUUUACUUUGUUUAACUUAUUGAAUUCUUAUGUUUUAAAUUAUUUUAUUUUCUCUGUGAAAUUAGCAUUUCUUUUAUUACAGGGAAUUGUGACAAUUGAAAGAUUAUGGAUAUUAUUCAUAUAUAAUGCAAUGCAUUUUUGAUUAACUCUAAAAUGAUCAAAGAUCGACCUGACAUUUUGACAUCUAAUAUUCUAGUGUUAAUUUAGUCUGAAUGAAUUUAAAAAAAACGGCAACUUAAUAUUUUAUAGCUUUUCAUAUUUUGUUUAAUCAAAGUUUGUAUUCUCCUAAACAGAAUAUUCUAAUAUUUUGUGAUUACUAUAUUUAUAUUUUAAGAAAUGAAAUUUCAAGUGUUUUACUAGAAUCCAUUUGUUAAAGCAUCCAUAUUUUUAUGCAGAUCUCUCUUGUGCAAAUUGUUCACAUUUCUACCUUUGUAGUUGAUCAAAUUAUAAAACAUGAGCAGCUGUACAUUAUUUGCUUGAAUCGAACGGCAAUUAUUGUAAUUUUUUUAUUAUUUUUAAUAUUAAUGUUAACAAGACUGUAAAACAGUUGAAUUAUAUUUUCAUAUUAUGUGUUACUACAAUAUUACUUGAAAAGUCAUUAAUUAUUCCUUUUCCUCAUGUUCGAACAAAACAGUGAUAAUUUGUUAAACUUCAUAAAUUGUUUUGUUAUAUGACUCCUAGAAAAAUAUAAUUUUCUUGUAUAUUUAAUGUCCUUUUGUGA